UGAGUGGCAUUUUUUUACGGUAGGUUACACUUAAAGAUUUUUUGCGGUCAUGCCUCGCGCGCCACCGGUAUUAACCGAAGAAGAAAAGUUAACACUCCAAAAACAACAAGAGCAAGAACUACAAUGUCUACAACGCCAGUACUACAUCUUGGAAAAAGAUCGCCAGCUGUUUACUGGCGGUCUCAAACUAGCUAGACUUAACAAGAUCUUGGGUAUCUACAAAAAAGAACAUCUCAACAUCGAAGUCGAUUUAGAAGUGGCUGUAGGUAAAAAGAGCGAAGACGCCAAAGACUCAGAUCGCUUAACCAAACUACUUGAAGACUACGACUUCCUCGGGGAAAGCAUAGGGGACGAACGGACAUACCUAAUUGAAAUGCAAGGCCAGAUCCAGAUAGUACAGAAGGACGUGACCAGGCUGCGUUCCAUGCAAAUUACGGAUCGACAACACGAGGAAAGGACCUGGGCUGCCAUGACAACUAUAGAUCAGUUGAUGAACAAGCUCGACGUUCAGAACAAGAAGUUUGGGAUGACCUGUGCAAAAAACAGAGAAAUGAAAUUGGAAGUCAAAAGAAUGCUGUGGGAAAGACUUAUGUUUAUGAAAAUCUGGGAUAAGUUGAUCAACAAGUUAGUCUUGGGGAAGAAAUUCAUGAUGGAUCUUAUCGAACAAGCAACAAUUGCCUAUGAUCAGAGAGAAGAGUGGUGUUCCAAGUUGCAGGCUUUGAGGAUCAAAGCACACUAUGAUUUUGUCUUGCACACAAAUGAAAUGAGGGAGUUAAAAAGGAAACAAAACAACAAUAAGAAGUUGGAAGCUUUCUUUAAUAUCAAAGGACAGAAGAGAAUCAUGAAAGAUUUAAAAGAGAAGAAGAGAUUGCAGGCGAUAGAACAUCAAACGUUGGUCAAGCAGCGUAUGCAGGAAUUCGAAACCCACGUGCAGAAUAUUUUUGAAUUUGCAAAAGAGACCGACGUGGAGGUUAUAGCCCAAACAUGGUGCGAAAGAGAAUCGCAGAACUUUGGUCUCUUCAAGCGCGUUAACGAUCUUCAUGAAGAACUGGAGUUUUUGAACGACCAAUUAUUUGAUCUUCGCAGUGAGAUCACUAUAGAGCAAGAUCUUGAGGAUUCAAGAGAAGAACAUCGACGAACUACUUUAGAAAAAUUAGAAGCUGAACUCGAACAGGUGACAAACGAAUCACAGGAAAGCCAAAAAAAUCUUGAAGAUAUGAACAUCUACAUUAAUUCUAUGUUAAAAGGAAUUGAUGAACUUUUCAAAAUCUGUAAAUGUAACGGGGAUCCUAUUUAUCAACUUCUUGGCCAUGACGAUAAAUCAAUCACUGUAUACAACGUCAUGCUGUACAUUCAAAUGAUCGAACGAGCGAUUCACACCGCCUUGAUUGCCGUUUACAAUAAUGAAAAACUUGAGUAUGAAAAAAAGAAGAUUACUACUGCCCAAAGAUACGUCUGGGACGACACCACCAAAGGAGAAAUCCGUUCUUGGGAGAAAUCCCACCUUUCGUCUCCGUGUCCACUUUGCGUCGGACAUGAGUUGAUCAAUGACAUGGUCGAUGUCAGCCAAAUUCCACUUUCGAAAGGUGCCACCAAAAGAAUCCUAGCAGAACGCCUGAAGACUUCGGAAUACCAGGAACACGUCCAUAACGUCUCUGCGUGUUUCUUACCAGAGUCGCGCGAAAUUAUCCAGAGAAGAUACCAAUGAAAAAGAGGCAACGACCAUUUUAUCUCCCAAUAAAUUUUCUAUAAAGUUAA